CGUCAGAAGCCGGAAGUAGAAACGGAAAUGCCACACAGGUAGUCUUCAGGCUGGACUUGUGUCAUCACUAUUAACUCGGCUUUCCCAUCGAGAUGUUGAAGGCGGUUAUUCUUAUUGGAGGCCCGCAGAAAGGGACGCGGUUCAGGCCGCUGUCCUUCGAGGUGCCCAAACCCCUGUUUCCAGUGGCCGGGGUGCCCAUGCUGCAGCAUCACAUCGAAGCAUGUGUCAAGGUACCAAAUAUGAAGGAGAUUUUGCUCAUCGGCUUCUACCAGCCAAAUGAAGAACUGAGCAGGUUCCUGUUGAAUGCACAGCAGGAGUUCAAGAUCUCCAUCCGGUACCUGCAGGAGUACGCCGCCCUGGGCACCGGAGGAGGAAUCUACCACUUCAGAGAUCAGAUUGUCGCCGGUGGUCCAGAGGCCUUCUUUGUUCUGAAUGCAGAUGUUUGCUCAGCGUUUCCUCUCACGGAGAUGCUCAGCUUCCAGAAGGAGCACGGCGAGCCAAACAGCUUCGUUAUUCUGGGGACGACGGCGAACAGAACGCAAUCCUUGAAUUACGGCUGCAUUGUUGAAAACGACAAAACAAACGAGGUUUUGCAUUAUGUGGAAAAACCGAGCACGUUUGUGAGCGACAUAAUAAACUGCGGCAUAUACCUGCUGAAGCCCGACAUCUUCCAGCACAUCGGGGCCGUGUUUCAGAAGAACCAGCAGGACAUGUUGUUAUUUCCAUACGAUGGAGAGGAGCCAACCAACGGCUGGCACCGAGCGGAGGCCAUCCGGCUGGAGCAGGACAUUUUCACUGCCUUGGCAGGACGAGGCAAACUCUACGUGUAUAAAACCCAGAGCUUCUGGAGCCAGAUUAAGUCUGCGGGCUCUGCAAUCUAUGCCAGUCGGUUGUACCUCAACCAGUACCACACAUCUCAUCCCGAGAGACUGGCCUCAAACAAGGCGGGAGGGCCCAAAAUAAGUGGUAACGUCUACAUUCACCCCACUGCCAGCAUUGACCCCUCGGCCAUGUUGGGACCAAAUGUGUCGAUUGGCACUGGAGUGACGAUUGGGGCCGGCGUCCGAGUUCGGGAAUCGAUCAUCCUUCACGGCGCAACCCUUCAGGACCACUGCUGCGUGUUGAACAGCAUCGUGGGCUGGGACAGCACCAUCGGAAAGUGGGCCAGAGUGGAAGGAACUCCGAGCGACCCGAACCCCAACGAUCCCUUCGCCAAGAUCGACAGCGAGACCCUCUUCCGAGAAGGAAAGCUCACACCCUCAAUUACUAUUCUCGGGUGUAACGUGACCAUCCCCUCAGAGGUGAUUAUUCUCAACUCCAUCGUCCUUCCGCACAAAGACCUCAACCGCAGCUUCAAAAACCAAAUCAUCCUCUAGUGAGUGUCCCUCACUCGGCUGUGCACUCACUGUCACGGAUGAAGGACGCCUCUGAGUUACUGUGUGGAAGGUGUCAAUAAAUGAAGGCGUGUUGGUCAAAUAGUUUCUGAAGGAUAGGUUUGGACUCGGGUUCGGGUUCUAACCAGUACACGUUGGAGGGAUCACGCAUGUUGAUUCAGCUGUCACGACAGAGGUGGAUAUAGUUUAUUUUAUUUUUAUUAACUUUACCGAACUGUAAAAUAAAGCAGACACUGAUUUAAUAUAUUUGGUUCUUUGUAGGGAAGAAAGAGGGUUAGGGAAAAGUUUAUUUACAACAACUCUCAAGGGCGUCCUUGAGCACGAGAUGAGGCAUUAUUACUAAAUAAAAAUGUCUGGAUAAUAGCUGUGGUUCAUUUUUAGAGGUUGUUAUUUUCUUGGGGCUCUGAUUAAAAAUGUUUAGCAUCCUCAUUGUUUGUCUCAAAAAUGGACCUAACAUCAAUCAGCAGGGUGGAGGUUUACAUCGCAAUCAAGUCGCGUUUCCUGUUCCAGCGUGAGCACAGCAGGGGGGCUCACACACACACACACACACACACAUAGACACACACACACACACACACACACACACACACACGCACACACGAUCCGCAACGGCAGAUACUUCAAUUGUGCAUCAGCAAUCACUGGAGGGAACUGUUCCAAUUUAUGAAUACAGCACAUUAACAUUUACUUAUUAAGCCCCCCAGCACUCAUGAGCACUUCAGCACUUUUGUUACAAUUAUUGCAAAGAGAGUGUCUAUUAAGGAUGUGAAUUGUGGUUCAGGAACUGCAGCUUAAUAAAUUUAAAUCAAGCCUCUUAACAAACGACCCUGCAGUGAAUGGGGUAAGAAGAAAGUGAAUUGAGUCCUUUCAGGUUUUUACACGUAGGGGCCGUGCUGUGUGUUGUUGAGGGCUCUUCAUCACAAGGUCUUCCUCCUCUUGGGAGGCUGUUCACACGGAAGGCAAUCCUAAAGUUGCAUGUAACGGGCUUCCCACUAUACUAUACUAUACUCCGCUUUGGGUUGUAAUCAUGAGCUUUUCUUGUCUGCUUUUUCAUUGAUUUCUUAAUUGUUAAAUGUUCUUGUGAAAUUUGAUUCUUUUUUUUGUGUCUUAAAUCAGAGCUGUGAGCUGGUAGUACACCUGUACACAUGUGACACCUUUCUUAUAGUGAGUGAUCUCAAACUUGUGUAGUUGUUGCGUCGAGGAGCCGAGACCACGUAAUAAAAGUCCACAACUC